AUGCCGUACCCUUAUGUCCUGCAGUGCCGCGAGAGCGCCCCGGCGGACGUCGUCGUCAAGUACGACGCGGCCGUCACGGCCGGGGGCGACGUCACGAGCGUCCUCUCCUCGUGCUCCAAGCAUGGGGGCCACAACAUCUUCCUGGCGGCGUGCGACGGCGACGUCCCGGCGCUGCGGAUGUUUCUUGCGACCGGCGUGGACAUCAAUAGCAUGGGGCAACCCAAACCGCAGUACGGCCCCCAGUUUGACCGCCGCACGCUCUUUCGAGCCCCGCCGCUCUGCUACGCGGCGGGCUACGGCCGCGAGAAGGCCGUAGCGGCGCUCCUGGAGGACGGCGCGGACGCCCUGAAGACGUCAUCGACGGGGUUUAAGGCAGUAGACUACGCCAGGCACCGUGGGUACGCGGCCAUUGUGGAGAUGCUGGAGGCCGCAGAAAAGCGGCAGCACCCGGGCGAGCCAGCGGACACGGAGUGA